UCAACGGAGGCCAUUGGCUGCAAACGUCGUCGUCGACAACGAGAACCUCGCCAACGGAAACCUCACCUAUCUCUGCACCGCCGGCGUCGACAACGUCGUCGACUGGCUCAAGUCCGCCAUCCUCACCAACGUUGACCCCAGCCAGGUCCGCUACCUGGGUGUUGGGAACGAGGUCGUCGGCAAGGACCCUUUGUACGUCUCCAACUUCGUGCCCGCCAUGCGCAACCUUCACAAGGCCUUGCAGAAUCCGGGCCUCGAGAAACAGAUCAAGCUCUAGGCCCCUCAGGCCGCCUCGUCCAUUCUCGGUGUCACCUUCCCUCCCUCUUCCGGCAAGUUCGAGAUGCGCCUGCUCCCCGUCAUGAAGCAGUUGCUGCAGUUCUUGUCGGAGACCGAGUCGCCGCUCAUGGUGAACACGAACCCAUUCGACACCUACGUCGACAACCCUCUCAAGGUGGCACUCAACUACGUGCUUUUCGGCGUGAACAAGGCGUUGUUCCAUGACGACUGCAAGGCGUACUCCAACCUGUUCGACGCCACCGUGGAUGCGCUGGUGGCGGCAAUGCAGAAGCAGGGGUUUCCCAAGAUACCGGUGCUGGUGACGGCCACGGGAUGGCCGACCAAGGGGAAAACCGCUGCCACGCCGGAAAAGGCAGCGGCUUACGCCCAAGGAAUCAUCGACAAGGUGGUGAAGGGGGUCGGCACGCCGAUGAGGCCACGUGACACGGUGGAGGUGUUCUCGUCCAAUCUGUUCGACCAGAACAAGAAGGAGGGCAAAGAGUACGAGAAGCAUUUCGUCAUCUUCAAUGUCGAUGGAAACCGCAUCCUCAAGAUCAGCUUCGUGCCGUAGAAUGAGAUGGGUUUGGCGUCUCGAUGGUAUGGUUCCGCCGCAGGGGUGUCUCGGUCGCAGGGGAUCUCAUCUCCUACAUCUCUCCUCAUUUAGUUUUGGUUCUCAGUUGGUCGUUAUGAGUUCCCGCCACUGUUGGUGACGCCUCUCUCACCUGGGAUGGGAGCAGCUCUGUUAAGGAGAGCUAC